AUGGAUUACAGUAAAGAGUAUACAGUAAAGUAUUUGGCAGAUUUAAAUAGCGAAUAUUCCACCGAAGAGCUGAGCAGUUAUUCAGCUGGAACAAACGAUAGCCGUAGUGGUCCAUCUAAUGCAAGUGAACGAAGUACAGAAAAUAGUGAACAAUUAAUACCCACAAGACAACAACUCAAGCUUACAUCACAGGUAGCGCAUAAUCCUUUACAAUUUGUCACCGCACAAUCAGGCGCAAUUGCUUUAUGCGAACAAGCUAAACAACAACUUAUCAUAUCCGAUCAACAGAAACGGAUACGUGAUGAAUUUCGCAAAAAUAUGUAUAACGAUGAUGAUGAUGAAACAGGAUGGCAAUCAAAUUUAGAUUCAUGGUUAUCAAAACGAAAGACAGCUAUAUUAAGAUGGAAAGAUGAUAUCGAUGCAACUAAUAUUUCCAAUAGGAAUAAAGAACGGGAAGAUAUUGCUCAAAGUAAAAUAACCCAACAACAACAACAACAACAACAACAACAACAACAACAACAACAGCAACAACAACAACAACAUCAUCGAAAGGAGUCAAGAAACGAUAAAAUCACUGAUUCAAAAAAGGUUAUUAAGUUUUAA